AGUUACAUUCAGUUUAGACCUUUGAUCACACGGGUUGUAUCUCUAUAGAUUAGUCACAAUUUGUCAAUGCUUAAUCCUAGACCUUCCUUUAGCCGUAUUCGCCCGCGUACACGUGGAAAUAUUUAAUAGGAAGGAAAUAAACAUGUCGCGGAUUGGAUUUUGAUUGGAUACUUGACACAUCUGGGUUGUAUCGCUACUGAGUAAUGACGAUACAGUGAGAAGUGAAUAAUGUCCAAAGAUUUCUACGGGUGCCACCUCUGCAGAAAUGCCCUGAUGCCGAGUCUGGACUAAAGCCAAGGUGAUAUGUAUUGAGGAUGAGUGCUGUUGGGGAAAACUCGUCUGAUCCUGCCAGGUCAGAGGCUCAGAAGCGUAAGGAAUGCCCAUCGGACCUUCUGGGCCCAAGUCCCAAACGCAGCACUGAGAAACGUAAUCGAGAACAUGAGAAUAAAUACAUCGAGGAGCUGGCGGAGCUGAUCUUCGCAAACUUCAACGACAUCGACAACUUCAACGUCAAGCCUGACAAAUGUGCAAUCCUGAAGGAAACUGUGAAACAAAUUCGACAGAUUAAAGAGCAAGAAAAAGCUGCUGCAGCCAAUGAGGAUGAAGUACAGAAGGCUGAUGUGUCAUCGACAGGCCAAAGUGUUAUUGACAAAGAUGCCCUUGGACCAAUGAUGCUGGAGGCCUUGGACGGGUUUUUCUUUGUGGUGAACAUGGAGGGGAACAUUGUGUUUGUGUCAGAGAAUGUGACACAGUACCUGAGGUAUAAUCAGGAAGAGCUGAUGAACACCAGUGUGUACAGUAUCCUGCAUGUAGGAGACCACAACGAAUUCAUUAAAAACCUCCUGCCCAAGUCACAUGUAAAUGGUGCGCCGUGGUCCAGCGAGAAUCCUCGGCGCAACAGCCACACCUUUAACUGCCGGAUGCUCGUGAACCCUCACAGCGAGGCUGAGGAGACGCAAGAUCACGAGGCACAGCAGAAAUAUGAGACCAUGCAGUGUUUCGCAGUGUCUGAACCAAAGUCCAUCAAAGAGGAGGGAGAGGAUUUCCAGUCGUGUCUGAUCUGCGUAGCGCGGAGAGUACCCAUGAAAGAGAGACCCAUGCUCCCCACGCAUGAGAGCUUCACCACCCGCCAAGACCUCCAAGGUAAAAUCACUUCACUAGACACCAGCCAGUUACGAGCGUCUAUGAAACCAGGAUGGGAAGACCUGGUGAGAAGAUGCAUUCAGCGCUUUCAUCUGCAAAACGAUGGAGACAUUUCUUUCGCCAAACGCCAUCAGCAAGAAGUGCUGAGGCACGGGCAGGCAUUCAGUCCCAUCUACCGGUUUUCCCUGUCUGACGGGACCAUCGUCUCGGCUCACACCAAGAGCAAACUGGUUCGCUCACCAGCCACCAAUGAGCCGCAGCUCUACAUGUCCCUACACAUCUUACAAAGGGAGCAGUCUGUCUGUGGUAUGACCCCCGACCUUGGAUCUAAUCAGGCAAUGGGCAAAUCCAUGAACCCCAUGAGCUCUCCCAACACAGCUGGUUCCUCUGGUGCCCCCCAGGGGCAGGAUGCCACCAUCAGCAGUAACACAUCCACCUCCCCUUUCCCCGGUGGACAGAAGGAGCCCGGCGCAAUCGGGCCAGUGCAGGGUCACCGUUUCGGCUGCCCGGGAUCAAUGAACCAUUCGGCAACCAUGCAGGCCGCCACCCCCCAGGGCAGUGGGUAUCCACUGAAGUUAAGUAGCCCAUCUCAGGGCAGUCCAGGCAUGUUGUCUCCGCGCCACCGAGCCAGUCCUGGAGUGGCAGGUUCUCCUCGCUUGCCCCCACCUCAGUUUUCCCCAGCGGGCAGCCUUCAUUCGCCGGCAGGCAUGUGUAGUAGCAGUACGGGUGGCAAUGGGGGGACAGGUGGUAACCAUGGUUACACGAGCAGUUCGCUUAACGCCCUGCAGGCACUUAGUGAAUGCCACGGCGUGAGCUUAGGCCAAUCGCUGGGCUCGCCGGAAAGGAAGUUGGGAUCGCCAGCCGGAGUGGGCGUCAAUCCUCACCUCAUGAACAAAAUGGGCGCCUCCGAUUCAUUCGGAGAGCAGAACCAAUCAGAACAUGGCGGUGCAAGUCAAGACGACGGCAUCGAUCAGCAAAGAGACGAAAAGGGCCAAUUUAACAAUCCUGACGGUGACCCACAGAACCGGCUACGUGACAACAAAGGCCACACUAAACUGCUACAGCUUCUCACCACUAAAACCGAGCCUAUCGAGUCCACCUCGCCGCCUCUGAUGGCCGGCGGAGAGCCGGGCUGUAAGGAUCCCACUGGUGGUCUAGGGAACGGUGGCAUGGGCCCUCAGACCGGAGCAGGAAUCGCGUCACACGCUACCUCCCUCAAAGAGAAGCAUAAGAUUCUUCACAGACUUCUCCAGAACAGCUCAUCGCCCGUCGACUUGGCCAAACUCACGGCCGAGGCCACGGGAAAGGAGAUGUGUCAGGAUUCUGCUGGCGGGGCGGCCAACGUUGGAGAUUUAGCCAUUAAAUCAGAACCCCUUAGCCCCAAAAAGAAAGACAAUGCUCUGCUGCGCUACCUACUGGAUAAAGAUGACAACGUACUCAAGGACAAAGGCAUCAAGAUGGAGCCGGGGGAGAUAAAAGUGGAGUGCGGGAAGAUGCCCGGAAUCAAAACGGAGAAGAAUGACGGAGGGUACGACCGGGCGGAGCAGUCGAGUGAAUUAGAUGAUAUCCUGGAUGAUCUACAGAACAGUCAACCGGGUCUGUUCUCUGAGCCUCGGCCUGUCUCUCUUCCUGCUGCCGUGGACAAGCAGUCAAUCAUCAAUGACAUCCUGCAGAUGACUGGAGAGGGCGGAGCCAGCAUGAGCGCCCAGCAACAGCGAGCACUACAGGCUGUGGGCCAACAGAAUUUCGGUGGUCCAAGGCCUGGUCAGUCCGUCAGACCUCCUCCCGUAAGAAGUGUAUCUUUGGAUAUGAACAUGUCUGCUAAAGGCACUCCUGGUCAGUACCCUAUGAUGAGGAACAACAGCCCCUACACACUCAUGCAACAGCAAGGCAUGAUGGGAAACCACGCUGCCAUGUCUAAUCAACCCAGUAUGGUCAAUGCAGGUGUUAUGGGUAAUACUGGUCCUCGUGCAGGAAUGCAGCAGGACGGAUGGGGUGCACAGGGACCGGGUCCAGUAGGUAACGCUGCUUCACCCAUCACAACCGCUCCCAGUGGCCAGCACCCCCUCCAGCAGGGGGCGCUUCACGCCCGCAUAUUACCCAACAAUGGCGCUGGCAUACCUAUGAGACCAAACAGCCAGCCUGGACCAAGGCAGAUGCUUCAGUCCCAGAUGAUGCCCAAUGCCCAAUCUAACAUGGACAUGGGCAUGGCUGGCCACCAGUUUCCCCAGCAACAGGCACCGCCCAAUCAGACCGCUCCAUGGCCAGACAGCGUGAUGCCUAUAGAGCCGGUGCCAUUUGGGAGCCAGAACAGUUCCAUGUAUAGCGGUCCUCAGGAGGAAGUGUUGUUACCUGCUGCCCCCGAGGGUACGGCUGAUGAGGGAGCCCUCCUUAGUCAGCUCUACUCCGCCCUUAAAGAUUUCGACGGCUUGGAGGAGAUCGACCGUGCACUUGGUAUCCCUGCACUGGUGGGACAGGCACACUCGGUGGAACAGGAUCAGUUUCCCGGUCAGGACCCCAACAUGAUGAUGGAUCAGAAACCGCCCAUGUAUGGCCAGCAGCAGUAUGCUACAUCUCAAGCCCACAUGCAGCAGGGCGGAUAUGCCCCCAUGCAGGACCCCAGCUUCCACAGCAUGCCGGGGCAAAUGGGGCAGAGACCCGGUUACCCAAUACUUCGCAUGCAGGCCAGGCCAGGACUCAGGCCCACUGGGGUUGUCCCCAACCAACCCAAUACUCUCAGAUUGCAGCUUCAACACAGGCUACAAGCACAGCAGAAUCGACAGCCCGUAAUGAAUCAAAUGACUGGAGUGUCAAAUAUGAACCUACCUCUAAGACCCAACGUUCCCAAUCAGGGGACGAUCAACGCCCAGAUGCUCGCCCAGCGGCAGAGAGAGUUGCUGAGUAACCACUUACGCCAGCACCAUCAGCGCCAGCUGGACCAACAGCGGCAGCAGCAACAACAGCAGCAGCAGCGCAGCAUGGCCAUGCGGGCGCAGGGUCUCAACAUGCCACCCAACAUGGCCGCCGCCGCAGCUGCGGGCAUGCCAGGGCCCAUGAACAACCCGCGGAUACCGCAGGCCAAUCCUCAGCAGUUCCCCUAUCCGCCCAACUACGGUACAGGACUGGCCUCGCCGCCUCCUUCCACCAGUCCCUUCUCCCCCGGUUCCCCCAACCUUCCCGCCCCCCAGCUCCUCUCCCACAGCGCCAUGCAUGGCUCUCAGAUGAGUCUAGCUAACCAGGGGAUGCUGGGCAGUCUGAGCGGACAGUUUGGGGCUGUUAUGAGCCCACAAAUGCAGCACAGUGCCUUUCAGUUCCCCAGCUCAGGUAUGAGUCAGCAGUCAGAUGGUGGGUUCGGCGGAGCCGCCACCCCUCAGAGCCCCAUCAUGUCUCCCAGGAUGGGCCACGCCCAAAGUCCCAUGAUGCAACAGGCGCAGGGUAACACCUCUUUUCAGUCCUCCCCUGACAUGAAUGGCUGGACGCAGGGCAACAUGAAUGCCAACAGUAUGUUCCCUCAGCAGUCACCACCUCAGUUCAGCCAGCAGGCCAACAACAACAUGUACAACGGUAACAGCAUGAACCUUAACGUGCCCAUGGCCACCAACUCGAGCAACAUGGGCCAAAUGGGCAACCAGAUGAGCAUGAACUCUAUGAACUCUGGACCUGCCAACAUGGCCCCUGAACAGCAGAAGUAUUGUUGACCCGAGGCGGACGACAUACGAGUGUAAAGAAGACUUGAUUUCUGCUGCGGGAGAUGUUGGAUUGAUGCUGUGCUAUUUAAGCUGCUAUUUGGGGGCCAGGUGGAUUUUGGAGAUCCUGUUUACUGCCCCCUACUGGACAUCUAUAGAGGAUGCAUCAGGGGUACUGGAGCUCAGCGGGGUUGGACUCUCUCUCUCUCUCUCUCUCAUUAUCUCUCUCACAUAAACACAAACACUGACGCUUUGAUCUUCUGGACCUAGAGCUCCCCCCAUCAGUCGAGCAAGGCCUUCUCUCAUAAACACCCUUUGCAAAUCUGCUCCGUUGCAUUCACCGUAGUGUGACUUAGGUCUCCCCUAAAAAAAGACUCGGCAACUGUGGAAUCAGAAUCCUUGUCUCCCAUGAAUGUAUUCCACCCUCUUGUACUUUUCCUCCUUCUCUUUUCUUCGGCCGAAAGACUUCUUUCUCCUGAUGUUCAGAAAGACUGCAUUUGAAACGCGCUCGAAAUUCAGCCGUUCUGCCUUUUUUAUUUUCUUUCGGUUUCUUUGAAGAGUGCAAAUAAAGUCGGAAUGAUUUCCAAAAGGCUUUUACAUAGAAUUCAGAUGAUGGUUUGUAAAAUUAGACGUAACUUAGAGGUUUUAUUGUGUAUUAAAUUAAGUUUUAUUCGAAUGUAUAGAUUUUUUAACAGUGUAGAUUUCUUUAUGUUCCUAUUCAGUUAUAGAGAGAAAAAUUACAUGGAAGCAAUCAGAAUUCCUCUGGAGAAUUUAUUCAGCAUACCUACGGAUUUUAUUUUCCUCGGUCCAGUAGUUUCAGAUAAAAUGUGAUUUUUUUUUUUUUUUUUACUUUCCUUCUCAUGGGUAAUUAAAUGGAAUUCUGUUAGAUUGUAAAUACCAAUAAUGCGGGAAAAAUUUUGUUUUCGUAUGAUAUUUAUUUUUUUGAUUUUCACACAUAUUUUCCCCCUCCUCUUCCCCAAUGUCCGGUCUUAACUGUUUUUUAACGAGUGAGGCCCUGGAAGAUGAGGAAGUCAGGUUUGCUGUUUUCUCUGGUACUAAGGAGGGGGAGCUGGGGUGCAGUGGUCCGUCUUUCCUGGGUAGGGUUUGGGAGGGUGCCGUGUGUACAGUGUACAGAUACUCGCUUGCUUCUAAGCCUUUAGCUGGGAACCCCGCCAGAGGAGCCCAACACAGCCAUAAACCCAACACUGAAGCGUGCUUUCUUUGUUGCGUGGAGUGAUGUGCUUAAUGCCAGAUGCUAUUUACAACCAGAAUCCGGUGUGUGUAAGAAAAGACAACAAGCAAUAAAUAUUUCUUGAGAUUUUUUUUCUUUUGUUUUGUAUUUUUUGUACAGGACUUUUCAGGAGACACCUUUUAGCUCCCCAGUUCAAACUCAGUAUUAAAGACAGAUACUUUUUUAUUGUGGUUUAUAUUUUGGAAAAACUAAAAACAAACGAUGUCCGAAUCUACUUGUAUCUCAGUGAAAAGCAGGUUUUAGAUCCAAAUGUGUAGCCAAUAGGAAAGCAGUGUGAUGUUUUGCGUCCACACACACACAAACUUACUGUUCUGUGUCCAAACCUCUUGUCCUCGGACAAAUACGGCAAAACCUGGAAAUUUACAGUCAGACUGUUUGCUUAUGAGACAUAGCAAAUGUAAUGCUUAUGUCUGAAUUUCAUCACUACAGGACACGUCAACUCUACAAUCUUAAAGCUGUAACGUACGCAAUACAGUGUUUUAUAUUUGAAGACGAAGCCAAAAUUUCCUCACCUUUAAAAUUUGAACGAUAGACUUACACAUACCACUUUUGUUUAGUUUUUUCGUCUCAUGUCUGCACACAGGGUUGUAUCGGGGUAAGAUCCUCAACCUUCAGCUUUCGCAAAGUUUCGCUGAAAAUAUCGCCAUGUCAUCUCUGUGUUUAAGUUGGUGUAUUAAAAAAAGUACAUGUUUUAAGUAUAUACUGUAUUUACCAGCGACAAUUAAAGUUUGCAACGUCCCAGCUCUGUCAUUAAUCGCUAAAGGUGCCGUGGUUGUGUACGAAUAUACCUGGUGUUUUGGUAUAGCUUUAGCUUUUUCUUUUAAACACUGUAAAUACAAGUAGUAUGACUUCUUCACAUCAUUUGGGGUGAAAUGGUCACUCGGUCCACCAAUGUGUUUCUGUAAAUUCAAAGAAACAAAUCUGCAAAAAUUAAACGAAUGAAUCAUUUGUCAUUUAAAAAGGACCCUAUUUGGCAUUCAUUUAUUUCACAAGCUUUUUGACCAAGAUUUUAAUGAAUGUCAGAUGCCUUGAACAAGGACAGACAUCCAGAAACCAUAUUGGAGAAUAGCCAGUUUUAAAAUCGCACAUGAACAGCUACCCUCUGCAAAGUCCAAAGAUUGUCACGAUUUUGAAAUCAACAUAAGCCAUGAUGUGAAGGUGGUGCAGAGUUUUUUAGUCUUUUUAUUAGUACAAAAGAGAGCCAUUGUCCUAAAAUAAAUAAAGGAAGAAAUACAUGAAAUUGUAACGGCUGUGAUUGAAUUUCCUAAAAUGAUUUGUCUUUACCUUACCUUUGCUUUUUCUGAGACUCUAAAUGUCUUUUUGUAUAGUCUGCCAAUUUCUUAGAGCUAAAUGCAAAACCUUAAAAUGCUAAGACUUAGCAUAUUGCCUUAGAUCUGUUUUACUGUCUUGUAUAUUACAAAAGUUGUCUGUAUUAUAUUUGUAUAGUGAAUCAUUGACAGGAUUGACCCUAUUCAUCACUGCUCAUCCACUUCUUUGAACAUUGACAGCAUACCUGUCUUUCUAUCUAUUUCUCUCUUUCCCCACACACCAAGACUCUCUCCUCCUCAUCUCGUUAUUAUUAUUAUUAUUAUUUCAUAUUUCCAUAAUUUGUUUUUGAUCAGCUGUGGGUUUUAUUAUAUGUACAGUCUUGAUUUUACCCUCUGUUAUGUGUGAUAUGGAGAUGAUGCAAUGGGAAAUCGAAGCAAUAUGUAAUUUAUAAGCUUACAGUGUUGCGCGCUCCUGAGAUGUAUUUUUUUUCCAGUUGGUCACAUGAAACAUCUGUUCAUCCGCAUCGAUGUGUGUAAUCUUAGUGUGAGCCUUUUAUGCAAAGUUAGAUAUACCGAGAGAAAUUUAAAUACAGUUAUGCAAGUUGUCAACUAAUAAGGCUUUGCUGAUGCUAUUUGAUGUUGAAUCAAAUUGAAUUGUAAAUAAAGAAUUCUGUUAUUGCAACAUUUAAA